AAUAUUACGCAUGCGUAUAAACAAAAUGGCGAGUAAGGAAAAGAGAACGCGGGGUAGGCCUGCUGUCUACACUGAAUUGGAAAGGAAAACACUGAGAAGAGAACGCGACCGAGCCAAUUCGGGAACGAAAGUAUAUUUGGGAGACCAAUAUGUUCGUUGGACGAAGAAGAAACGGAAGCUUGGCAAAACAAAUGCAGAGUUCGCAGAGAUUAUCCUGGACAGGUAUGAAUCACUUGGAUCAUCACCAUCAUCAUCAUGCAAAAAAUCUCGGACUGACAAAGUGCGUAACACGCGAGUUUCUGUCCAAACUCAGACAGUGCAUAACGCACAAUUGCGAGUUUCUGCCAAAACUCAGACUGCGCAUAACACACAAGUUUCUGCCCAAACUCAGACUGUGCAUAACACACAAGAUUCUGCCAUCAGUGGAAGCAGAGAUAUAGUUAAUGUUCCUAUUGGAAAUCAAAGCCCUCAUGUAUCGACACCAGGGAGUGAGGCCUCAUCAUCAGGGUGUGGUUUAAAUAGAACUACAUGUGUGUCCAGUAACAGUCAAAGUGGAACUGAGAUACUAUUACCGAUAAUACGUGUACCGGUAUUUAUGCCGACCUGUGUGUUGAUGACCACUGUAAAGUCUGAAACGUGAAGUCGUGAACUAUGUUAAGUUUGUUUGUAUUAUGUUGGUUACAAAUAGCAUGUAGCUGUCCCAAAGAAUUUAGGUAAUUGGCUCUUUUUAAAUAUUUUUCACUUGAGCAAGAAGAUAAUUAAAACAUUUCAUUGCAUAAUUAUAUAGAGAUACUAUUCAGAUAUGAGAAACUAUCUAAUCAUGAUGAAUUGUGUAUAUAAUUAUAAAUGUGAGUGUGUGUUUAUGAUUUUGUAUAUACAUGUGCAUAUAGAUAUGUAUAAAUGUUUAUCCCUCUA